AUGCCUAGCACAUCCAACCCCCAGCUUGGCCGCCAGCUGUGGGCGGCCAUCAGGGAUUCUGUUGACAUUUCCUCACUUUGGGUUCGGUUUCCAGGCAGGACACAGGCUGCGAGAUGCCGCAUUCACCCCCGACCAGAAGAAGCGCUUAGGUCGCUGCAACAAUCGCCAUUUCCCUCCGCCAAACGAUCCUUUCACACCUCGAACACGGCACGGCAACGGACGACGUCUACGAUUUACACGAAGCAUUCGCAAGCACAUAUCAAACGCAACUGCACAUCGGGAAGCCUGCUGCUUCUGGGCCUGGAAACCCCAACAAACCCUUCGACUCAAACGACCGUCGCGACAUGCGCUGGAGCAGCUGCUGAUUCGGUGCUGCUGGUGUCUGACGGCAGCUCCAAGGUGAGCAUUAGUGCACUGGCACGCCACGCAUGGCGCCGUAGCAUACAUACUGGCCGGGGAGGUCAGCCAACUCCCCGUCGUGAUCAGCCAAAGACUGGCAAUGACGAAGUGAAAUCAUCGACCGGAAAGGAUGGCGUUUCUGCGACAAGUUCAGAAGAUAGUCCCAGCUCCGUCAAAUCGUCAGACCAAGCAAACCCAAGGCCAGACCUCAAAUCAGAAGUAAAUCCAACGCCACAUGAGGAGACUCUGACGGAAUCCGUGUCAAAGUAUUUGCAUAUGCCCAAGAUGCCUCACAGGCCCACCAAGGAAGAACUCCUAGCCGCGGCCAAUGGCUUCUUCCAGCGUCUCAAGGUUCGCUUCAAAUGGCUAUCCAUUAGGAGUAUGCGACCGUACAACGCCGACGAGUGGGGAGCUUUUGUAUCUUGGUUCAUGUUGGGUCACCUUGUUUGGAUUCUGGUGGGAACAACGACAUUUUUCUCGCUAAUUAUCUUGUUUGUGAACACAGUCUUUGCACAAGAAACCCUGGCCAAAUGGAUCGGUGACUACCUCACACAAUCCGCUGGUGUGACAGUGGUAUUUGAGUCUGCCAUUGUGCCCAAAUGGAAGGACGGCGUAAUCACUUUCCGAAACGUCUUCGUUUCACGCCGACCGGGACAGAGCAAGUCCUCUGUCAAGAAAGGCUCCUCGACAAGUGCUGCCGCUGUGGCCGCAGCUAGGCAAACUCAGCCUUCAGAGGAGGAUGACGGCAAUUAUACGCAAUUCGAUGUGACUAUCAACACUGUAAACGUCACUUUGUCGUUCUACAAGUGGUGGAACGGCACGGGUCUCCUGAAGGACGUAGAGGUCAAAGGCGUAAGGGGAGUCAUGGAUCGGACAUCGGUCCGCUGGUCAGACGGGCCGCAUGAUCCCUUUUCAUAUCGACACGUUCACCAGCCUGGAGACUUUGAGAUUGAGCAUUUUAAGCUUGAAGAUCUGCUACUCACCGUGCACCAGCCUGGCGGGUUCCGCCCUUUCCCAGUCAGCAUAUACUCAUGCGAGCUGCCUCAGCUUAGGAAACAAUGGCUGUUUUACGACUUUCUCAACGCCAAUCAUUGCUCAGGCUCCUUCGAUGGGUCGCUAUUCACAAUCCAUCCUCGUCAAAUACAUGGAGUACCCGCUGGUGAGGUUGGCGCAUCUGCAGAUCAUCUCGGCGAGGCUGGUGCCUGGAAGAAAUUCAGCAGAAUACGUAUAGAUGGAUUGAAGAUUGAUCACCUCAACAGGGGCGUUGAGGGCCCCUUUGGGUGGAUAUAUGAGGGUAACGUGGAUAUGGUGGCGGAUCUCAUGUUCCCAGCAGACGAAGAUGACUCCCUGGGCAAGGUCAUGUCGGACUUUUACGACAAAAUGGAGGAUGCAGUUACAAAGAACAGGUAUCUUCGGAUACUGGACAAGAACCACAGGGGAGAGCUGGGCGAACGAUUAAGCGAACGAUUUUCAAGGCCUGCUACAGUACCUACGCCGAUAACUGAGGAAUCCAGGGGCCAUGUUUCCGACUACACGACGGCCGAUGCCGACUUUGGCCCCUCAUCGCCCUCAUCACGAACCGAUGAACCUCCGACGCCUGAAGUCGCUGAAGAGGAGGAACCGCCGCGCUACCUGGUGAUGGAUCUUCGCAUCCAUCUCAACGACGUCCGUGCGGCCGUCCCACUCUUUACGCACGAUAUAUCAUACAUCUCGCAGCCCCUGGUCCGACCUAUCGUGGCGUACAUCAACGCCAAGCGCACCUACAUCCCGGUCACGUGCCGCAUAGUUAAGCGCACCUCAGACUUCAACGGGUCCUGGACCAUCUAUGACAGCGGCUUGAUGGAUGACAUGAGCGCCGAGGUGUACGACGCAUUUGCCAGGAACGUUGAGGACCAGCACUCGAGGGUCAGGAGGCUAAAGAAAGUUGGGUUCUGGACGCUGAGCAUGGUUGUCCAUGCGCUCCUCGCUGGCGUCGCAGGCGAUUUAAUAUAA